AUGAGCGCCAACCCCCGAUGGGACAUCAGCAGGGCGCUGGGGGUGGCCAAACUCUUUCACCUGCUGUGCGGGGUCCGGGAAGCCUGCGUGACCCCGUUCCUGACCCUCUACCUGAGGCAGCUGGGCUUGGCCGCGCCCUGGGUGGGCAUCCUAAUGGGAACCAAGCACCUGAUCGCUGCCUUCUGGGCUCCCGUCUGUGCCAUCCUGGCCAAAAGCUACCGGAAACGGAGAACACUUCUGAUGGGCUCCCUGCUCGGCUCCGUGGGGGCCAGCCUGCUGAUGAUCCUGGUUCCACUGGCAGACAAAAAUCGGGUGCACCUCCCUUGUAAUGGAAGCAGCAGCGUGACCAGCACAGACACACUACUGAGGGUCACACUACCUGUGAACAUCACCUCGGCCCAAGAGCCUGCCUCUAGCCACCUAGCCAAGAUGACCGGAGAGGUGGAGGUGCCUAGCUUCAGAAAGCCACCUGGUGAAAGUGACCAAGAAACUUUCGGUGAUCUUCGCAGCUACUUAGCACUCUCUGUAGAAGGAGCUAGGACCACAUCCCAAGUUCUCCUCCAUCCUGACACUUCAGGGCUGAAAGGUCAUCCCUGGGAAGUUACUUUUGAGGUGGUCAAGACUGCCCUCCCCUUGCUUCCUGCCGGGAAAGGGCCCAGAAAUCCAGCCAAUCUGUCAGGGAUCCAGGGGAAACCCUGGGCUUUUGACUUGUCCUUGGAAGGGUUGCGGUGGACUUUCAUCCUCUCCUUGGGGUCCUUGGCAUUCUGGGAGCUGCUGACAGCACCUCUGGAGCAGGUGGCAGAUGACAGCCUUUAUGAGUACCUGGAUUUUGUUGAUGCCACUGACCGAUACAGAAGCUUGUCGGUCUGGAGGUUGCUGGGCAUGUCGGCAGGCGUGUGUGGCAUUGCAGCCUUGGUGGGGCAGCUGGACUGCUUCCUGAUGACCAGUGGCCCCCAGGGUGUGGCCCACUUCUAUGGCUACUCGGUGGUCAGCAUCCUGACCUUAUUGGUGAGCAUUGCCUUUCCCAUUCCCAUCUAUCGGCCGUGGGAGCCCAGCUACAAAAGCGUCAAAGCACUGUCUAUUGUGGGGGGCGACCCCCGCCUCAUUCUCCUCACCUCCACCGUUGUUUUGAUAGGAGCCAUCAUCAGUACUGUCCAGAACUUUCUGUUCUGGCACAUGAAGGACCAUGGGAGCAGCGAGCUGGUCAUGGGUUUCUCGGUUGCCCUCAGCUUGCUGGGGGAAAUUCUGCUUCAUCUGUUCAAAAUGACAUUGCUUAGGAAACUGUCCAGGGCAGGCCUGGUGGGGCUGGGGCUGGGCUGCCUCGCUGGGCAGCUGCUCUACUACUCUUUCCUCUGGAGCUGGUGGUCUGUCCUCCCUGUUCAAAUCUUGAGUGCCAUUAGCAACGGGGCUCUGUGGUGGGCUGUGGAGGCCUCAGUAGAGGACCUGACCACUCCCCGCAUGGAGAGGGCUCUGAGUGCCUUGUUCCGAGGCCAUUUUUACAGGAGUGGCUGUAGCCUAGGCAGCUUUGUCGGGGGCUUCGUGGUGAUGCGCUUCAGCCUGGCUGUGCUCUACCAGGCCUGCUGUGUGGUCCUGUUGCUCUGGUUGGCCUUUUUCCUGUCCAUACAGUGGAGGCUGCCCCAAGAGCGGAAAAUCAAGUACUCAAAGCUGCUGUCUAUGGAGGUGAGUGACACUAGUGACUCUGAGCAGGGGACAGAACGGGACUGGCUUGUGAAGGCCAUGAGGGAAGAACCAGACUGA